CGCGCGACCAUAUGUUGUUGUUGAUAUGUGAAACGUUAGCUAGUGUUAGCGAGAUUUCAAUGCAUCAUGGUGAAGUGAGGGCUCGCUUUGAUAGCUGACAGCGACAUGUGAGCCACUGCUCUACAUUUUCCCUCAACAGACGAUCAUUUAACAUGUUACUUGACGUUACGUGGUAUUUGUUUCUGGUAACAGUGAGGGCAGGUAGUGGGAGUUGCUAGCUUAACCUAACGCUAACUUGGUUUUAAGCUAGCUGUUAGCUGCGCGAGCCGUCUGCUUGACGUAACAAUGUCUAACUCCGCAGACAUGUCACCCGAAUGGGAAGACGACGAGCGGAUGAAUGUUAUGUUCUCAGACUUCAAUGAGAACCGAGAUGUCAACACGACGGACUGGGACAGUAAGAUGGACUUCUGGACGGCUCUGAUUGUGAAAGGUAGCCGGGACAGAGGCACCGUGUGUGUCAGUCUGCAGGAGCUGAACAAGACCUUUAGGAGGAAAGAAAGAUCCCCGCUGGGUUUGGCGACUGUCAUCCAGUCCAUGGCCAGAUGUGGGAAGAUCCAGAGGGAGUCAGAGUUUGCUGCUAACAUGGACUGUGGCUGGCUGUCCUGGGGUGUCGGCCUGCUGCUGGUGAAGCCUCUGAAAUGGACCUUCUCCACUCUUCUGGGAAGCAGCCAGGUGCCUUUGGAGGAGUCCUUUGUUGUCAUUGAACUAGUGAAGGAGAAAGCAGAAGAAUUACUCAAAGUGUACCGGAGCAGUGAGUUUGCAAGCUGCUCCAUCCUGUCAUUUCAAGAGCUCUGUACUCUCUCCUCCGACGUGUGUGCUGAUGAGAGCACCCUGUGCAUGGCUCUGCUGCAGCUGCAGAGGGACAAGAAAGUUACGGUUUCCCUGCAUGAAGGCGAGAAGAUUGUCAAGUUUUGUCAGGCUGGGCAAGAUCACAUUUCACCGGUCAGCGAUGUGGAUAUGGGCAUCUACAAGCUGCAGCGUAGUGAGAAGCUUCUGGAAGAGCGGGUGGAGAAACUGGCCCUUGAAGCUGAGAAGUGCAAAGAGGAAGCAAGGGUGCUGCUCCGGGAAGGGAAGAAAUCACAGGCACUGAGGUGUUUAAGAGGCCGCAAAAGGGUCGAACAGAGAGCAGAGAGCUUGUUUGCCAAACUGGAGUCCAUCAGAGGAAUCCUGGACAGAGUAGCUCAGUCACAGACUGAUAAGAUGGUUAUGCAAGCAUAUCAGGCCGGAGUGUCGGCGCUGAGACUCUCUCUUAAGGAUGUGACUGUGGAACGUGCUGAGAGCCUCGUUGAUCAGAUCCAGGAGUUGUGUGACACUCAAGAUGACGUGAACCAAACUCUAUCCAGUGGCGUGACCAGCGCAGAUGUAGACAUGGAUGAGUUGGAGGAGGAGCUGAAGUCUUUAUUGGACGAGUCAAAGCCGGAUACUGUCCCAGGUUUCCCUGAAGUUCCAACAAAUGAUCUGCAACCCUUCGGGAAGCAGAGCCUCCCGGAUACGGACCUGCUCAGCUCUCUGCCUGCGGUACCUUACAGACCCUUGGACAUCACCGCUGAGCAGCUGGAGGACGAGUUGAACAAGUUAACCCUGACAGAUUCAGGCUUUCAACAGGAGAAGAAGACGACAACGACAUCGCCGGCCAAGAGAUUAGAGCCUGCACAGUGAUGGCACAGCCAAAACAUCAGCAUCAACAUAUCAAACUAUAUCUCUUAAAACAUUUUCUGUGAGCCGGCGUUCACAGAAGUAAAAUACAGUACUGAAUAACUACAUUAGCAAUUGCUAAAUAAUAAUUGUAAAAUCAAUAUAUCAGGAUGAAAACAAGACACUUUCCUUUUAUUUAAUGAAAUUUAAAAUGCCUUUUCUGUGGAGGCAUGCUAAAAAGAAUAAAGCUUCUCUGCCAUCCGGCCACAAGUCGAAAGUGAACAUUUUAGCAGUUUAAGAUAUUCUCGAUGGUAUGCCGCCACGAGGAAUGCUUUUAUUUUUGUGGUAUUUUUGACAAGAAUGUGAACAAAGUAUAUCUGUUGUGUGUAGUGUGUGUUUAUCGAUGUCUUUAAUUGUCCGUCAUUGACGGUCCUGUAAAGUGUAUUAAGUGGCCUUUGAACUGCAAAUGUUAAACUGAAAGUAAAGAGAAUAUUAUGCCAAAUGAUUUAAUCAAUAAGUAUAUUUAGUCUCACUUCAACAGAGCUGUGAGCGUCGAGAAGUUUAUCUUAAGUAAGUUUAACCAAAUAUGUUUCUCAAAAUAAAUUUUAUUUUAAUCA